AUGCCAGUCAUAAGUAACAGUUCGAAUCUGGAAAACGUUAUCAUGGUCUGGCUUGAUGAGAAACUCGACAAGACAGACGAUAAUCAUAAACUCAACGCGGACUUGCAGAGCAUCUUUGAAUCGGUAGAAACAUUUAAUAAUAUGAAUGAAUGUAUCAGUUUUAUAGCCAAUGUCAAAGAUGAGAGAAUAUUUCUGGUCGUUUCGGAUUCAUUGGGUCAACAAAUCCUUCCUCUAAUUUAUCAACUAGCACAAUUGGAAUCGAUAUACGUUGUGUGUUCUAAUAAGGCCGAACAUGAAAAGUGGGUUUUGCAAUAUAAAAAGAAAGUGAAAGGCGUUUUCAAUGAAGCUGAUUCGAUUUUUGAACAAUUGCGGCAAGAUAGUCAAGAAUACUCAAAGAAUUUGCUAACAAUGACCGGGAUCUCUUCGAAAUGUGGAAGCGACAGCAAUUUGAAUAAACAAGAAGCCGCAUUUAUGUACUCGCUAUUACUUCGCGACGUACUUAUCGGUAUGGAACAUGGCGAUGAUGCAAAACGAGAUAUGGUCGAAUUUUGCCGAGAGCAGUACAAGGACGACAAGAUGCAAAGACAAGUGGUUGAUGAAUUUGAUCGAGAGUAUGAUCGUGAUCAAUCAGUCUGGUGGUACACGCGAGAAUGUUUUCUCUACAAGAUGAUGAACAAAGCCCUGAGAUCACAAGACAUCGAUGUUCUCUAUAAGCUUAGAUUUUUCAUCAAGCAUCUUCAUAAUCAAUUGGCAGAAUUGCAUUCUCAGUCGAAUAACCAACCCAUGGUUCUGUAUCGUGGACAAGCAAUGUCAUCAGAACAAUUGAAUCAGAACUUGAAAGAGAAUGUCGGUGGUCUUCUGUCUGUCAGCGAAUUUUUGUCAACGACCGACGAUAAAUCUGUUGCAUUGUCAUUUGCUUCUCAAAAUUUGAAUCGGGCACAGAUCGCUGCCGUUUUCUUUGAAAUAGAAAUAGAUCCGACAAUAAAACCGAAUCCGUUUGCGAAUAUUCAACAGCAGAGCUUUUUCAAGACAGAAAGUGAAAUUCUAUUUUCAAUGGGAUCUGUGUUUCGAAUCAAAUCAAUGGUACAGGCCAGCAGUGGUAUGUGGAAUGUUACUCUGCAAUUCACAGGCGUAGAAGAUCAACAGUUGAGAACAUUAAGGGAUUACAUCACACGACAAAUACGUGAAAGAGAUGAUUUGUACACUUUGGGCAAGCUGAUGAUCGAAAUGGGGGAGUGGGAGCGAGCUAAAACGUUUUAUCGAUUAAUACUUAAAGAGAUAUCCGCGGGGAAGAAUCUUCAUUAUAUUGCUCCUAUUUACAACAGCCUAGCAAAGUCUUGCAUGGAGAAAGGUGCCUACAGAAAAGCGUGGAAAUAUUAUGCAAAGGCAUUGAUGAUCAAAAGAGCGAUUAUUCCGCCGGAUGAUACACAAAUUGCAAAGAUACUGAACAACAUUGGCUUAAUUGAAAAAUAUCAAGGCCACUAUUCGGAGGCGUUGAAAACGUACAACAAGGUACUUGAAAUUUUCUUACGCACUCUCCCACCAAAUCAUCGUUAUUUGGCAGUAGCAUACAACAACAUUGGUUUGGUUCACCAAGAUCAGGGUGAUUAUCCGGAGGCAUUAAAAAUGUAUAAUAUGGCUCAUGAAAUUUAUUCGAGCUCUCUUUCACCCAGUGAUCCUGAUUUGGCCGUAACGUACAGCAACAUUGGUUUUGCUCUUCAAGCUCAAGGUGAUCAUUCCGCGGCAUUAGAAAUGUUUGCGAAAUCACUUGAAAUUGAUUUGAGUUGUCUUCCACCAAACCAUCCUGAUUUGGCUAGGACGUACAGGAACAUUGGUUUUGGUCGUAAGGCUCAAGGUGAUUAUUCAGAGGCAUUAAAUAUGUAUAAUAAAGCUCAUGAAAUUUAUUUGAGCUCUCGUCCACCAAAACAUCCUGACUUAAUCGCAACAUACAACGAAAUUGGUGGAGUUCACAAAGCUAGAGGCGAUUAUUCCAAAGCAAUCAUAAUGUUCGAGAAGACACUUGGAAUUUUAAAUUCUUCUCUUCCACCAAACUACCUUGAUUGUGCCAAGGCAUACAAUAACUUUGGGGAGGUUCGCCAAGCUCAAGGUGAUUAUGGUGAGGCAUUAAAAAUGUACAACAAGGCACUAGACAAUUUUCUGUAUUCUUUACCAUCCAAUCACCCCGAUAUGGCCAUGGUUUACAACAACAUUGGUCUGGUUCACUAUGAGCUUGGUGCUUACACUCAGGCAUUAGAAAUGUAUGAAAAGACACGUCAAAUUUUAUUCACUAUUCUUCCAUCAGACCAUCUUGAUUUGGGAAUGGUUUACAACAACUUUGGUGAAGUUCACCAUGCCCAAGGUGAUUAUGCCACGGCAUUAGAAAUGUACAACAAGGCGCAUGAAAUUUAUUCAGCUUCAGUUCCACCAACUCACCCUGAUUUGGGUAUGGUUCACAACAACUUUGGUAAGCUUCACCAAGCUCAAGGUGAUUAUGCCGUGGCAUUAAAAAUGUACAACAAGGCGCAUGAAAUUUAUUCGGCUUCACUUCCACCAAAUCAUUGUUAUCUGGCGACCACGUACAAUAACAUGGGAAGUGUCUUCAAAGCGCAAGGCGAAUUUUUGCAGGCAUUAGAAGUCUUAAAAAAGGCACAUGAAAUUUAUUCAGCUUCAGUUCCACCAACUCACCCUGAUUUGGCUAAGGUUUACAACAACUUUGGUGAGAUUUACCAAGCUCAAGGCGAUUAUUCUGAGGCAUUGAAAGUGUUAAAAAUGGCACAUGAAAUUUAUUCGACUUCACUUCCUUCAAAUCAUCCUAAUAUAGUCACUGUACAUAACAACAUUGUUGCGGCAUUAUCAGAUCAAACCAAAUCUGCGGAAGCUAGAGAUGAGUAUAGCAGUUGCAUUAUUCUAUGA